AUUCUAACUCGGAAUCCUCUGAUGAUGAUGGGUUCUGUGGAUUUUCUGACGAUGAUGAAGGUUAUUAUUAUGAUUUAAACACCGACAUUUUUUCGCCUAUCGCCUUCGGACGUAAUGCUAAUUCUUCAUUUAAGAUCGCCCAGUCCGAGAUAGCAGAAGAGGAAAGAACUACACUACGAACCCUCUUCACUAUUAAUCCAGAAAAAAGAGCUGAAGCGGAACGCAUCCUUCCUACAUGUGAAGAUAAUGGAGAGAUAGUUGCUUAUUUCAAAGAACUCUUAAAGCCUGGUAGACCCGCUAAGAAACAAAAAUUAGGAAAUCCAUUGUUUACAAAUUUAUUAGAUGUGGUCCUUAAUCUCAGGAAAACACUCCCGGAAAGUUUACGAGAUGACAUCGAAACAAUGUCAGAGGAACAGGAAAUAGAGCAGGAAGAGUUAACUUCAAAUCUAAUCCAACAUCCUGACAGAAAACCUCUUGCAUUACCAAUGAGAAUUGCAAUCCCAAGUUCCUCAUAUCUGGCACGUCGGGUGUCGGCUCUUGAUGAUAAUCUUUUAUACUGUUUUGAGGAUUCUAAUCUCUUUGUUGGAGAUUUUGAAGAAUUUUCGGAGCGACUAUAUAACCCUAAAACAUGGUACUUGGUGGAUGGUACAGUUCCCAGGGAUGUCUUAGCAAGAACAGUUGUUUGUGCAUCAUCAAAAAGUAUAAAAGACAGAGGAUUUCAAGAGUUCCUCAAGAAAUUUGUAAAUAAAUUUUGCAUGCCACCAUGGUCAAUAGAAGAGUUGGAAGCCUGCCGAUUAGGUGUCUAUCCGGAGUUGCCACAAGAUUUAAUGCUUGAACUUAGUGACGAAGCAGGUGGUGUGCCAAGAUACGUUCUUGAUAUGCCAGCAUCUAUUAUUCGUCAGGAAAAUCCCAAUGUCAAGGACCAACAAACCAUUCUUAGUAAUCGGAAUGAGAUUAAGAAAAUGUCUUUAGAACGUGUUGAACAAGCUCUUUCUGAAAUUAGCGAUUUUAGAAAGCUUAUACAGUGCUUCUCUGAAAAUUCCCAAUAUGUCGAAUUCAGCAGUCGUCUUGUUCACCGGUGGCCUGACACUUUCUACCGAGAACAAUCUCUCUCAUGGGCCUCUGGUCGUAUUUUUGACAAAAUCCAAAAAAAACUAGAGGAUAGUAGAUGGAACAAUCUAUUUCUAAAAAUUCAAGAUCCUGAUGACCCUUCUAGCUCCAGGGGGAUUAUGUUUGAAUCACACGUACUUCACCUCUUUAAGCUUGGUGGUCAAACUUUUGAAUCGAGAAGACUUAAAGAAAAUAAGAAUGAUAAAGUCAUCUACACUGAAAUUACUUUAGCAAUAAAACCAACCACAGAUGCGGUAGAUCUAAUUCUUACGCCGGACUGUAUCUUUCAAAUUACUGUGUCUCCAAAACACCCCGUAAAGCAAAGUGAACUGAUUAAGAUAGUUCAAAAUAUGCCGGCAUAUAGGAAGAAUCAGAAUGCAAAAAUUUUUUUAUAUUUUAUUGUGCCGGAUGAUAUAUAUGAUACCUUCGGAUACCAAAGUUACUUAACACCCAAGAAAAAAAUUGGAAACGAUCUUGAGGCCUUUCAAGCAGUUAAACGUAAGUCCCCUAUCCUCAAUAAUGUAGAACAAUGGAUCGUAAAAAUUAAGAUGGCACCUGAAAUGACUAUAACAUCUGUGCUGAACAACGCGAUGGCAAUGGCAAAUUCCUGUUUAUAA